AUGACCAUUAAAAUACGGCUCCUCAUUUUCCUCGUGGCCGGAGUGACCAUCUGCAUCUUUGCCAAGGAAGCAAGGACAGCGCCAGUGGAGGAGGAGGAGGAGGAACCGGGCACGGCCCCUCUGGGAGCCAGCGAGGGCCCAGACUACUCCGAAGUGCCCACUCUGGCACUGAUGACCACAGACAGCGUCUCGUCUUCCAGCGACCUUGGGGAGAACGCCACGGACACAGAGCUGCCCAAAACCUCGGAGGACCACCUGGAAACGGUCACCUUGGUCGGCAUCAUCCUUGGCACCAUUGCGGCUAUCGGAGUGGCCACAGGGAUCGUGAUCGUCGUUGCCAAGAAAAUGUCGGGCAGGCCCUGA